UCCACGACGCAAAAAUGGCGUGGGCAGUGUCAGCUGUGGUGCUUCUUACAUCGUCCUUUCUGCCGCACUCGGAGGCCUUCUUCUCGCCGGGGUCUACCGUUCGUGUCGUUGGACGUGAGGCGCUCUCGCACACGCCAGCAAAAUGCAGCAGCGCUGGCAGGACGAGAGCCGGAGCUAAGCUGGGUGCCGCUGCCUCGCGAGCCUCCAUGUCGGCAGCAGCGGGAGGGGAGAUUUCGGAGGGAGAUACGGUGGUCGUCGUGGGUGCUUCCGGGGGUAUCGGGCGUUUGGUCACUCAAAGCCUAGCAUCCACCGGCAAGUACAAGGUGAAGGGGCUCGUGCGGAACCUCGAGAAGGCCAAGGAAGCUUUGCUAUCUUCGGCCGGGGGGGGCCUUGAGAUUGAGCUGGAGCAGGGAGACAUCUUGGACGAAAGCAGCCUCGUCGCCGCGAUGAAGGGGGCCGCGUGCGUGGUGGCGUGCACCGGGACGACCGCUUUCCCUUCCAAGCGGUGGAACGGGGGCAACACUCCCGACGCCGUCGACAACCUGGCCGUGGGGAACAUGCUGCGGGCGGCGGCAGGCGGCGGGAGCUUGAAGCGGUUCGUGCUACUUUCGUCGGUGGGGGUGACGAGAGCGGACAAGUUCCCGUUCGUGAUUCUCAAUGCCUUCGGGGUCCUAGACGCGAAGGCGAAAGGGGAGGCGGCCGUGAGAAAAGCCGCCAAAGAGGGGGGCUUCGGCUACUCCAUCGUACGCCCCGGGCAGAUCAAGGGGGACCCGUUCUUGGCCUACUCCAACAGCGGGGCCGCCGUGUCCCCCGACGCCCCGGAGAAGGGGUCCGCGAAGCGAAUGGUAUCGUUGCGGCAGGGCGACUCGGAGGCCGGGGACGUCAACCCCAGCUCGGUGGCGGAGGCGUUUACGCAGACCGUGGGCCAGGCGGGCGCGAUAGGGAAGAGCUACACCGUCAUCAACUCGCUCGGAGAUGCUCCGAGCCAAGGGACAUGGGACGAACUCUUCGCCAAGCUCUGAUUGGUCAGGUUGGUUUCGAAGCGAGGACCCGAGCGCGGCGGGUCGGUCUCUAUCCGCACAGCGGUGGUGGUCACCGCCUCCUCUACAGCAGCGGGAAGGAGGGCUGCUAAAGCCGGCCCAAGCCUAAACGGCACUCAGAUCGAAUCUUGUGUGUGACCAAUCCCGGAUGGUUGCACCUCAACAGAAAAGAAGGGAUAGCACGGUAGGCAGUUGCUGCUGCAAGCGACGAUAGUAUGAAUGGCGAGGACCGUGGCUUAAGAACAAAUCAUCGACCAAUGUACCUUGGCAAAAGGCGGUUGAACGGUGCCUGUGGCAAGCUCUCUGAGUGCAUGCGGUGUUUUGUUAGCUCAUGCUGCUGCAUGUUGGUCGGUCGUGACACCCACGGCCGGACUCUUAUUGAUCGACAAGUUUGUUGGUCCAAUGGUGAGAUCGACAUGGAGGGAUCGGGGGGAAUUGUUGGUUGGUUUGCGAGCUGGACUCGCACCGUGCCCAUUUCUGAUUGCUGCUGUUCUUGCUAAGACGAUCCUUUUCCCAAAUGAAACCGUAAGCAAGUGUGCCUGAGGCUGUGUGACCAGCGUGGGCGGCUUGCUGAUGGUGUAUUCCCGACUAACUUUCGGGUGCUGCGUUCUGGAAGCGUGUGCUACAACUUGUGCUUGGUCGUCGAACUCUGGCCUGCCAAAGGGAUUUUACCGUCGGAAUUCCGAUCGGUAGACGGUUUUGGGCGGUGUCCGCGUGAGCCUGAUGUAAAGUGUUUGACUUCGGACAUUUAGAACUCUGAUAUAUUGUGUAGACUAGAUAAGAUGCAGUCCAUUCAUUUCAGAAGCAAUCUAGAAGAGGUCGUGUAUUUGUAGCUGGUACCGAUCGAGAAGCCGCAGACUACCAAAUGGGGGCGAAACAUACCUGCUCAAUCGCGGACAACUUCCUACGGUCAGGUGUUUCGGGCGGAUGCCGUGGAUGACAACAUAUGGAAACCACAAAAAGAGGUUUGUUGGACGCGCUACUGGUUAUUAACAGGUUAUCGGGUCUGUUUUUCAUCUCGCGCACAGCAGUCGUGUGAAGUCAGGACCAAAUUUGCAGCACGCAACAGGACUUGUUGGCGCGGAAAAUGGAAAAACGUGGCACGUGCUUCACGCCGCUUGCCGAGCGAGGCCUUGGCUACUCGUUGUCCACCUCCGCAGCACACGAAAGCACCGAAUCAGAAGACAUUUCUCCGCCCG